CGGCAACCCCCUUGCGAUCUGGCAGCACAGAGGGGCAAAGACAACAUUGUGAUUUGAAUUGGUUCUUUUUGUUUAUAUUUGUGCAAAUCUUCGUGGGCGGAAGUAUACCUUCAUGCAGCGAUCCAAGCGUAAACUGCCCUCUCCUGUGGAGGACGACGAUCAGCAGGAGAACAACCCGGAUCGAGACAAACGGAGGAUUAGGCAACCUCCUGCAUCUGAGGAUCUCUGCUCUCCAAGAGCCGUUCAAUCUGGAAAUACCUUGUCCAGGUUUGAUUCCACCUGGCUGGCACUCCAACGUACCGGAAAAAGCAGCAGUCAGCCGGAUUCUCCCCGAAGCUCGAGUACUGCAUCAUCUUCUCACCUACUUAACACCAGUUGGCCUGGACCGAAGCGGCGACCCAGAGCCUUGCCCAUUGUGUUCCAAAAGUCCCCAAGGACUCCUCCCCUGGUCACGAAUAAGCUGCCCAAAACAAGUUCUAUGUUCCAGACUUAUGGCAAAGCGCCAAAGGAGCUUAACUCAUCAGCAGCCAAUGAAAGAAGCAUUUUGAUGGAGUCCCCGUCCUUUCAUCGCAGAAAUACUCCGUCUAAAUUUGAUUUAUCCUGGCAGGAGCUCAAUAAGACUGCAACUGGCAGCAGUCAGUCGGAUACUACGGCCAACAGCAGUUUCUCAACCUGCUUCCAGCUGCUGAACACCAAUUGGCCAGGAACAAAGAGACGAACGUUGCCCCACGGGGUCCACCAUUCUUCAAGGACUCGUACGUGGGACAUAGACAAUGAACUAUCCGAUGAUAGCUGUACUGAAUCCCCUCCACCUAUUAAACUUGUGCCGGAAGAGAAGACCAAGCAGUAUUUGCCGAUCAACCAGAAGGCCAAUUUAAAGCAAAAUCAACGCUUUCAAAGAGGAGGCUAUGCUGAAGACUUACGGCGAUUCUUGAAAAAAGAUCGCAUGGAUCAACGUCACAUUAAGGACAGAGUACCCAACUACACGGUUCGAGUUUUGGGUAUAUCAAAGGAGUGUGGCCUUGCCUUAGCCUUGGUUGCACCGGAAUAUGGGUCCCAAUUUAAUAUUCUUCUUCAGAAGAAUCAGUCGGAACUACUAAAUGUCGGCUCCAAAGUCCAACUCUACCUGAAUCCAAGCACAAAGCCAAUGCAGCUAAAAGACAAACAAUUGAUUUAUUGUCGCCCUCACAACAUAAAAGUAUUAGAAGGAUAGGCACUUUAAAGAACUCGGAUAUAAUAAU